AUGAAAGCUCCCUUAGACCAAGGUGCGCUACAAGCCUUGGUCGAUUCAGCUGCUCAAGCCAGAAAUUUGCCUGCUCUUCACCUACCAUUUUCUCCUCCUGCCGAAGAAGCUGGGGCUAUAGCAGUGUGUUAUGCUUUGAGAUAUCGCCCCAAUGGGUUCAUGGUACUUGCUCCAAAUCACCCAGAUGUGCAACUGGCUUUGGUAGCAGACCAGCUGGACGAGGAUCCUCCUAUGUUCCACAAGUCUCAGGUGAGCCUCGAGAAUACCCGAGGCCGGGUCUUGGGUGCAACAGAAGUGCUUUUGGUGGACAUGAGUGCAUUCAGAGGGCCCGUGGCAUCGCGUCCACCAUUAGUCCAUAUUCAAAUGGGAGAUCAGCCUGGCCGCCCCACCAAAGCCACUGCCCUGGAAGCAGCUUCCCGUUGGAUUGGGGAGAUGGAUCAGGAGACCGCUCAGGAUUAUGCCACAGCCGGGGAGGGCGUAGCAGGUUCCGCAGCACGUUCCUUCCAAGACACCGGCGCUGUUCAACAUCGGCGACACUGCUCUGACUCCAGCACAGAGUGGGACCGGUUGAGGCAGUUUGCCGGCACACCGCCACCUCGAAUGGCGCAAGCAGAGCGGAGAGGAGCUGCCGCCAAGACUCGCCCUCAACCUGCACCAAUGCCUUUUUUACCCAAUAUGAGCCUGCAGUGCCUGAUUCCUCGAGUGAGCCAGGCGGUGGUGCAUGUGGGUCAUCUCACAUAG